AUAUAAGUUCUGCAAUACCCUCUCUUCUUCAAUACAGCAGAAAAAUGGCACUGAGCAGAGAAAGUUUGAGUAUUGUGCUUCUGGUUUUGUUAGUUUUUCAUACCCUUGAGAUGGAGACAGAAGCAGCAGGAGGGGGACGAAUGUGCAAGUCUCAGAGCCAUAAUUUUAAGGGAUUGUGUGUUAGCGACAGCAACUGCAAAAAUGUGUGUCGGACUGAGAAUUUUCCAACAGGGAGUUGUGAUCUUCAUGGUGCAAACAGAAAAUGUUUUUGCUAUAAACGUUGUGCUUAGAUUUUCUAAAUAACCAGUAUAUUGUGUUUUAUGAGAGUCUUUCUAUUGUUGGAGUUCUUAAUAAUGAGUGAGUUAGUUGUAUGGUGUGGUUUGCAGUGUAAAAUAAAACAAAUGAAUGAUUUGGUGGGUCUCUCUAUCAUUCAUGGUCUUGAGGAAUUCACAAUAUAUCAGCUGUUUUAGGUUUGGAAAAUACAAGGUUUGAUCCAAAAGAACUGAAGAUUAUAUACAAUGAAAAUGGAGAUAGAUUUUUUUAA